GGCUGAGCCGGUCUGAUAGGGUGAGAGCCGGGCGGAGCUGGGCCUCAAGUGAAUAAGGUGGUCUUGGGAGCCACCGGCCCGACUCUCGCUCGGUCCGUUGCCAGCCCUAUGGUAGAGAGGGAGGGAGAGAGAGGCGAUUUGUUUAAUGUAACACCGACCAUGGCGAGAGGUGACUAACUUGGGGAGCAGGGUUUAGGGUUUCUGGCGAGUUUCGAGCAGAUUUGAACACCCGGUGACCUAAUAUCCAUGGCUGCUAUCAAAAGGAAGAGAAAUGCGGCCACCACCACUCCCUCCGAGAAAGAGAAGAAGAAUAAGAAUAAUAUAGCAAAGCCCUCUGCAAAACAGCGCCUUAAGACGGGCGGCGGUGAUGGCACGAAGCUUAGAGACUCCAAAACCACACAAUCACAAGGCUAUGAUGCCAAAACAAACCAAGCUCCACCAAAGAAGUCUGCAUCUCGUCUCUCCAAAGAAAUGGCGGAGGCAAGGAAGAAGAAGAGGAAGAGACACUACAGCCUUCAACAAGAACUGGCUUUACUAUGGGAAAAGAUGCGACGCCAUGACAUUUCCAAGGAAGAAAGAUCCAAGUUGAUAAGUGAUGCUCUACAAAAGAUGAAGGGCAAGAUACCCGAAAUCGCUGGCUCUCAUGUUUCUUCACGUGUUCUACAGACAUGUGUUAAAUAUUGCCAACCAUCAGAGAGAAAUAGUGUUUAUGAGGAACUUCGGCCACAUUUUAUUGGACUUGCGCGCAACACAUAUGCUGUUCAUCUUUUGAAGAAAAUGUUAGACAAUGCCGACAAAAAACAGUUGCAGGCAUUCAUUUCUUCACUUCAGGGGCAUGUAGCUCCUCUUCUCCGUCAUUUGGUUGGCUCAGCUGUUGUUGAACAUGCAUUCAAUUUGGCAAAUGGGGCUCAGAAGCAAAGUCUCUUGUUAGAAAUAUAUUCUUCAGAGUUCCAGUUAUUCAAGAGCAUGAUAUCAACAAAAGAGGGGAGGUUACAAGAUUUAAUAUCUAAGCUUUCUCUCAAAAAGUCUUCAGUACUAGAGCGUAUGUCUUCUGUUCUUCAACCGGUUUUAAAGAAAGGUCUGGUGGACCACUCUAUCCUUCACAAAGUGCUACUGGAGUACCUCAGCAUUGCUAACAAGUCAUCUGCCACAGAUGUGAUCUUACAGCUAUCUGGACCUCUUCUUGUUCGUAUGAUUCAUACAAGAGAUGGAUCAAAAGUUGGUUCUCUAUGUGUCAAACAUGGGAGUGCGAAGGAAAGGAAGAAAAUUGUGAAAGUUAUGAAAGGUCACGUACAAAAAGUUGCUCAUGAUCAGUAUGGAAGUAUGGUGCUUGCCUGUAUUCUCUCUUUAGUUGAUGAUACCAAGAUUCUUACAAAGGUUGUCAUUCGGGAGCUUCAAACUAACCUGAAGGACCUAAUCUUGGACAAGAAUGGAAGGCGGCCUAUAUUGCAAUUACUUCAUCCAAAAUCACAACGAUAUUGUGGUGUGGAUGGUCUUGCUGUUCUAAAUGAGUCGAUUCCUUCUCUUUCUAAUGUUGGAUGUGAGCAAUCAGAUGGUGUUUCAAAUGGUUCAAGCAUUGGUAAUGAAGCUCUGAAUGCUCCAAAAGUGACAGAUGAAGAGACCCAUGAUUCUGGAACCUCUGGGACCAUCCAGCAUGCGGUGGAGAAGGGUACAAAAGCUCCAUCCAAAAGGAGAUUCGAGCUAUUGGUAGAUAGUGGGCUUGCUCAGAGCCUGGUGGAUACAUGCAUUGCUAGCUGUGGAGAGCUAUUACGAUCCAACUUUGGGAAAGAUGUUUUAUAUGAGGUUGCGACAGGUGCGGCUGGAGGUGUCCUUUGGGAACCAUUAGCUGAUAGUCUGACUGCUCUCCAUGAAGCUAUAGCUAAUCUUGGAGCAUUGCCUAAAUUUGGAAGUCCAGAAGAGGAACACAUAUUUGAGAAUUUCCAUUCGAGUAGGACAAUUAGGAAACUCGUAAUGGACUGCCCUUCUUUUGCUCAAGUCCUAUGGAAGUUGGCACUUGUAGGGAAGUGCAAUAUGUGGGCUCAAGGCCACAGUGGAAAGGUGAUUUACGCGUUCUUGGAGUGCUCUGAUCCUGAAAUUAGAGAUAUGGUGAAACCGGAGUUAGAGCCACUUAUAGAUGCAGGUAUGCUGAAAAUUCCAGACAAGCAAUUAGAGCAAUAAAAUUUGAGUUUUGUUACCGGCAAGUGUUUGUGUGAAUCCUAGUUUCACUGAUACUUAUAUUGUUGCUACAUUUGGUGACGCUUAGCCUGUAAUUCAUUGGGGUCUUCUGUUUUGAAUUUAAACUGAUCUCAACCCAGUUUUGAAUGAAUUCGGUCAUGUAGUUUUUGGGUUUCA